UUGCAUUUUUUGUUGGUAAAACACAUUGUCAUUUUUACAUACAUAUGUACACACAUAUAUGGUUUAGUUUGAUGUGUCAUCAUUUGUGCUUUAUGAUGAUUCUUGGCAUCUUUUUCCAACUUUGCAUGAACUAACAUCCUGAAAUAAUAAAAAGAGCGAAGUUUUGGCUAUUUAAGUAUUUAAAUAAAUGUUCGCGUCCGAAUUUAAUCAAUGACAGUAAAGAAUGUGACCAUGCAACUAUAUAUAAACAACAUUUGCAUGUACAAAGAUAUGAGUAUAUGAUAAUAACGUUACCAUGCACACAUAUUUUAGGACGCGAUCCGGUUAUCUUUGUUUAUGUUAUAAUCUUUAAUUAUAUGCAAUUUAUUAAAGAUGCAAUUUCGGUUGAAAGCGGUCGCUAGUAUAAAAAUUGUUCUUUGAAUUAAGAAGAACUAAUGCAUAAAUGUUGAAUUUGCUCAUUUAACCAGAAAUUUGUUGCGGAAAUUUAAAUGAUUUAAUGUGCUUGUUUUGCUGUAUGACACUGUUAUCCAAGAAAUAAUAUGAAAACUUAAAUUGGAUAAACGAAUAAAAAAUUGUAUUAAAUAAUUAAGUGGCAUUGCAUGAUUACGUUGCUUAUGUUAUGUUCAAAAUAAUAAUUAAAAUUUCAUGAAAUGAAUCAAAACAAAUAUUGCGUAAUAGAGUCAUAAAAUAUUCUUGUGCAUAAAUGCUAAAACACGCUUCAAAUGCUAGUGGGUCUGGUAUUACUGGUCAUAUACGCAAUAAUCAACCAUCAGUGCGUAAUUUACACUUAAGACCUCAGCAGCAGUUAAACGUAUCAACUAUUGGCGGAAAUAGUUUUCAAACAACCACAACGUCCACGGUAAAUACAACCACAAAUAAUGGGUCGCGAAUAUCAACAACAGUCUUAAAUAUAACAGCUCCUUCAGCAGCUUCAUCAACAACAGUUCUACCCAGUGUAUCAACAUCAACAACAACUCCUCCAAUUGCAAAUGGGUUAAUUAGCAACAACUUACACAAUUGUCAUUACAUAACACCUAAUACCAAUACGUUUACUUAUAUUCCUAGUGCCAACUGUAACAGCAAUUUAAAUAACAUAAACAACGCAACGAUCAAUCCAUCUACUUAUGGUGGUGGGCCUAGAGAAGCACUAACCAGCUUAGGAUUGUUAUGUUUAGUAUCAUUAUUGUUCGCAUUACUUUCCUUAAUAUUCCUUUUAAGGAUAUCACCCAAUGCACAAGAUGAAGCCUUAAGACGCAACGCCACUGAAGACUUUGUAAUUGUCUAUGACGUAACGUUAGCGCUUUGCGCUCUCUCGUUAUCAUUGAAUCUUUGCUGUUUACUUGUCUGCGCAAUACAGUUUUUGUUUGCUGUGAAACUUGUAAUGUUUCCACUGUUCGAUCGAAGGUUUAUUACAGAAUCACUGAAUGGUUUUCCAUUUGUUAUGCUUCUGUAA